AUGGCGAAGAACAUAGCGGACCCGGCGCUGGGGGCCAAGGUGGUGGGGUUCACAUGCUGCGACAUCCGGCACGCGCCCCAGAACGUGCUGGACGGGUCGGACAGCACGUUCUGGGCCACGACGGGCAUGUUCCCGCAGGAAAUCACCAUCGAUUUAGGCCAGGUUUCCACGCUGGUGAAGAUGCAGCUGUCCGGGAUGAGCAUCCGGAAGCUCGCGAUGGACAAGUGCGACCAGGACACGCCGCAGCGCUUCGACCGGGUCUUCGAAGUCGACAUCGACCAGCGGCCGAUGAAGCUCUCGCAGCACACGCACGUCCUUCAGAACAUCCGCGCGCGGUUCGUGCGGUUCGUGUUGCUGGACGGGUCGGAGGAGUUUGCGUCGCUGAACCGCGUGCAAAUCUUCGGAUCGCAAUAG